AUGUCACUCCCUGAAGACAUCAUCCUUAACAUCUUAGCGCGUGUACCGAGAUGCCACUAUCCAACAAUCUCUCUUGUUUCAAAACACUUCCGGUCACUCAUUGCGUCGCCUGACAUAUACGCCAUAAGAUCUUUGUUGGGAUGCACAGAACAUUGUCUCUAUGUUGUUCUCCGUGACAGGGACAACAAUGCUCGCCGAUUGUAUACUCUCUGCCGGAAAGCUGACGGCAAAAACAGCCGUUUGGUCCUUAUCCCUUGUCUUCCUGCGGUGCCUAAACGUGGAAGCUUUGUGGCGGUGGGUUCAAAGAUAUAUGUGUUUGGUGUGAACAUCGACAAGAAUGACAAUAAUAUGACAUCAACCGCGUACAGCAUUGACUGUAGAUCUCACACUGUGCAACCACUCCCGAGCAUGCCACAUGCGUUCAUGUAUCAAACAAUAGCUGACGUCAUCGAUGACAAAAUAUAUGUAAUUGGAAAUCAUCAUAACGAUAAAAAAUGGUCAGUGGUGGUGGUUUUCAACACAAAAACGCAGAUGUGGGAGCCUGGGAUGACAAAUCUAGACGAACCUGAAGGAGUUUUCGUAGAUACUUAUUAUGGUUGUGUGGUGAUGGAUAAUAAGAUCCACGCGAGGGAAUUUGUAUAUGACCCAAAUGAAAAUAAAUGGGGAAGAAACGACGGGAUGCUGAAUUCGAAACAGUGGGAGCAUGCGUGUAUUAUUGAUGAUGUUAUAUACUACUAUGAUGGUGAAUUCUUAGCAUAUGAUUCGAAGACAAGGUGUUGGAAGGCAGUCGAAGGUUUGGAAGAUUUUUUGGGUGGGAUAAGAAUUAAAUAUUUCUCAAAGACUGUGAGAUACGGCGAGAGACUGUUUUUUGUGUUUCCUACACAAGAAAGGAAUGGGAUGGGGGUAGAGAUUUGUUGUGCGGAGAUUUCGUUGGAAAGACGCCAAGGAGGCCAGAUUUUUGGUAAAGUUGAGUGGUUUGAUCUUGAUUUGAUUUAUGGAGAAUUUGAGAUUGUGAAACCUCUAGAUGUCAUGAUUUGA